AGUAUCUUCAUUGGCAAGUGGCUCAGCGGCAAUCCGACAUUGAGGCUAACCUUGCGAUAUUGAAACUGUAUCAAUUUUAUCCCAACCGGUUCAAAGUUGAUGUAGCCAGGUUAAUUUUGCUAAAAGCCAUUUGCAACAUUCCAAUGGCCGACUUUACACUAUGCAAGUAUUUGAUACACAUUGACCGACUCGAGACUGAGCCUUUGUCUCUCGUGGUUAAGCUAGGUGUGCUUCUUGAGAACUGCCAAUUCCAUGAGUUUUGGUUGAGACUACAAGAAUCUCCCGAGUUAAUCGCGAAUAUCCCUGAUUUCCAAGAAUCAAUUCAAAAAUGUAAGGUUACUUCAUACAUUUUAUUACUUGUUGCUGUGACUCAGGCUUGGUUUUCUAAUUUUAGUCGUAGCAUACUUGGCAUAACCUACCAACGUAUCCCGAGGCCACUCUUAGCUUCAUUUCUCAAUGUCUCGGAAGAAAGUCCUCGUUUACAAACAAUAUUGGCCGAAAAUAAAUGGACAGAAACUGAACCCGAUAAAUUGGCCGCAGGGGGUGCAGAUUCACUGGCUGCUCAAGCUUCUUCAUGGGUUAUUGUGAAUCCCGCGCAAACGGAUUUUGUCCGUCCGACAAGCAUCAAAGAGAAAGUCACUUUCGAUGCAAUCACUUCCAUUUCAACUGCCUUUCGGCCUGCUCGGACGGAUUUUUUCAUAAAAUGUGUAAAAUAA